AUGUCGCAGUCUAACGACCUACAUGUUCUCUGCUGUAGGAUGGAGAGUGCAGAAGGAGGAGAAGUGAUUGUAGAAGUUGAUGACAAAGUGGCAAAAGUCAGAAAUAUAAAGGUGGACAGCAGGCUUGACAGCACUUGGGACUCCAGAGGAAAGAUAGUGGCAUUCAGCUUUGAUUACUGCUAUUGGUCUGUUGAUCCCGAAGACCCCAAAUAUGCAUCUCAGGAAAUGGUGUUUCAGGACCUCGGCACCUCUGUGUUGACGGGUGCAUUUAGAGGAUACAACAUCUGCCUCUUUGCAUAUGGACAGACAGGUUCAGGAAAAACUUAUACCAUGAUGGGAACACCUGCAUCGAUUGGGUUGACACCUCGUAUAUGUGAGGGCCUCUUUUCAAGGAAGGAUGAUUACUCAAACCAGAUAACAUCUUGCAGAGUAAAGGUCAGUUUUCUGGAAAUCUAUAAUGAGCGUGUCCGAGAUCUGUUAAAACAAUCAGACCACAAGAAACCCUACACCCUUCGAGUCCGAGAACACCCUGAAACAGGACCUUAUGUACAAGGACUGUCUCAACAUUUAGUUACAGACUACAAGCAAGUUGUAGAACUUCUGGAGAAAGGAAUCGCUAAAAG